AUGUGGUUUCUGUUAUUAUUUAUUUCCUUAACAUUCAUUACCAAAUCUAUUUUUGGCCAAGGUCGAAUUGGCCAGACAUCAACUCGCUUCAUCGAAAAUUGUGAUCAGGCGCCAACACCUGCAAUUCGCACGACUUGUUUAAGUCUUCAAAGGAUGGCGAACAAUUCGAGAAGAAAUUCCGAGCAACAAGCCGAAGUCAUAAUUCAUCCGCCUGGUAUUCCGGAACAUUUGAAGCCUGCUGCAGUAGUUCCAGGUUCAAGAGGUCAAGUUGCAAGCAAUCCAUAUGAUUGCAUGACGCUUACUUGUCUCUGCCCUUAUUUCUCGGGCAGUAUCGGUCCACAAAAUCAGUGUAUACUGAGGAAUGGCAAAGUUAUAGCGAUGGCAUACCGUAAGGAAUACCGAAUGCUUACCGAAGAUGAACGAUUGCGGUAUCAUAAUGCUCUUAACGUAUUGAAACGAAGUGGAGAGUAUGAUCGGAUUAGCAUGCAACAUCGAUUAGUUGCAGCAAGAGGUGGCGCACAUACCGGGCCUGGUUUUCUACCGUGGCACCGUGAAUAUAUCAAAAGAUUCGAGAUUGCACUUCGACUUAUUGAUCCAUCGGUUUCCGUGCCGUAUUGGGAUUCUGUGCUGGAUAAUUAUUUACCCAAUCCACGUGAUUCCAUCUUCUUUAGUCCACUUUUCAUGGGUGAAACUGAUUUCUACGGCAAUGUCAUUAAUGGUCCAUUUGCACGUUGGAAUACGCUUGAUGGACGAAAUGCUAUAUUGAGAAAUCUUGGACGGGAAGGACAACUUUUCACUGAAAGAAGCAUAGAGCAAGUAUUGCAACAAAAUACUGUUUAUAAUGUUCUCUCUUAUACUGCACCAAUGAGGGGUUGUCCAUAUCCGGUAAAUUAUGGUGCAUUGGAGUAUUCACAUUCUAAUGUCCACCUUUGGAUAGGUGGUCACAUGAAACCACCGGAACAAUCAUCCAAUGAUCCGAUAUUCUUCUCUCAUCACGCAUUUGUUGAUUUUAUUUGGGAGUUAUGGCGACAAAAUGUUCAGCCAAAGUGGUCUCGGGAAUUAGAUUAUCCACCAGAUAUAGCAGCAUGUGCCGAUCCACAACAUUUUAGCUACGCAUUAAUGCGCCCAUUUUUCACACUUUACAAUCGAGAUGGUUUGUCGAAUAUGUACACGGAUCAAAUGUAUCGAUUUGCGCCACGUCCUGGUUGUACCGCGGAGAUACCAACUUGUGGUACAUCAUAUCUAUUUUGCGACACCCGUGGCAUUCCUCAUUGUGUUUCUAAAAUUAAGUUGAAUGGUCUUUGUAUCGGUUACGAGCGUUUUGAUGCUUGCUUCAACGGAAUUUGUUACAUGGGGCGAUGUGUACCAGGUCCAACACCGGCGCCUUUUGUACCACAAGAACGUCUCCCAGAAGUGCAACAAACACAAAUUUCACAAGCUCGAAUUCAACAGCAAUUUGUGGAUUGCUUUAAUCGACAUCCAUGUUGUGAAACUUGGGCUAGUAUGGGUGAAUGCAGCAAAAAUCGUAAUUAUAUGCGACAAUACUGCCGAGUUGCAUGUCACAUUUGCAAUCCUAAAUUUAAUAUUAGCAAUGAAUGUGAGGAUCGUCAUAUUGCCUGUCGACAAUGGAGUAUCAAUGGUCACUGUAAGGGAGACUCGAGUCAAUUUGUAGAAGAAAACUGUCGUCAAUCAUGUGGCUUGUGUAAUACUCCCAAAAACAUUUCAUGUCCAAUUCCAAGAUCGGUUAUUAUUACUUCCGGUUUUUCUUCAAGAAAAAGAGAGACUAUAUGA